CCUCUAUCGUAGAAUUUUCACAAUGAAUGUCCUGUGUCAACGCCAAUGUGCAUAAGAUAUGAUCGACACGGUACAUUACUUUUCCAUCUGACAACAUGGAUAUCCACCGGUGCAGAUUCGUCAAGCAUCCUGCAGAACCCAUCCAUGCCCUCGCUUUCUCCCACUCUUCCUCUCCGAAGGAAAAGACUCCCUCCGAUUUACGCCUUGCACUUGGCCGUGGUAAUGGAGAUGUGGAAAUUUGGAAUCCACAAAACGGCCACUGGGUGCAGGAAGUAAUCCUCAAGGGCAGAAAGGACAGCAUAAUCGAGCAGCUGGCAUGGACUCGGGACCUGGUUGUGGAAGAAGGCGCUGAUGGCUCAAAAUUUUCACAUGGCCCCUUACGUCUAUUCAGCUCUUCUGGCUCAAAGUCGAUCAUCGAAUGGGAUAUAUGCUCGGGCGCUCCAAAAAGACAAACAGAAGGGAAUUUUGGAGACAUAUGGUGCUUUGCAGCGCAACCGCAAAUUGAGAAUCCGGCAAAGGCUAAAGGGCUGGAGAGUGGGACGUCUUCGCAAUUGCUGGCCGCGGGUUGUGGCAGUGGGACAGUCAUCCUCUUUUCUACUGAAGAUGAUGAUUUACGCUACCUGCGACCGCUCCUGACGCCACCGGUAAAGAAGCCCAGGGUUGUCAGUAUCACAUGGCGAGAUCGCAAUACCGUAGUCGCUGGUUAUGAAGACAGCGCCAUACGAGUAAUCGAUGUACGCAGCAGGACGGCAAUUCGCAAUAUGAGUCUGGGUAAGCCUGCUGAUGGAGAUCACACAAUCGUUUGGACUGUCAAGUGUCUUCCUGACGGAACCAUCAUCUCCGGUGACUCGACUGGAGAAUUGAAAAUAUGGGACGCUCAGAAUUACUCUCUGGUUCAGAGGCUGAAGUCACACACUCAUGAUAUCAUCGACCUCGCCAUGAGUGCGACUGGCGACACCAUCUUUUCGUUUGGCGUGGACAGAAGGACCGUCAGUUACAAGGCAGUGGCCAGCCAUGCAGGCAGCAAAAAAUUGAGAUGGGCCGAGGUAUCUCACCGGAGAUACCAUCGCCACGAUGUGAAAUGUUCGGCAACAUUUGAAAGCAAGGAUCUCAGCGUCUUGGUUUCAGGUGGUAUGGAUUGCAGACCGGUUGUUGUGCCAAUCCGAAAGAUGCAAACAGAAACUCAUCGCACACUAUCGCAUCUCCCGCAGCGGCCGGUAAUCGCAUCAUCCCCAGCCGCCAGACUAUUCAUUUCGUGGUGGGAUCGGGAGAUUGUGGUCUACCAAGUUCGAAAGCCACGGAAUUCAGCAGACAGCACUUUUGACUUCGAUGACUCUGCAGGUUCUGCGUAUGAGACCUUGACCCGACUGAUACUUCAGGGCGACGAGAACAUCCAGGAUGCGCAAAUUUCUGCCGACGGUCAGUUCAUCGCUGCAGCGACCAUCAACACGGUGAAAUUGUUUCAGCUACGGAAGACACAAGCCGUAGGACGACCGUGCGUUCGCACGAGGCAGAUCGAGUUGCCAUCCACGGUUGUCAGGCUAGGUGCCAGACGAACAGGCUUUUCUCCAGACGGUAAAUGGCUUUAUACCAUCCGUAAAGAUAACACUGUCGCCUUGAACAAAAUUGUGCCUUCGAAGGACGCGAAAGAACGACCCACUGUCCACGAGAAGACCGUCAAGCUAUACCGAACAUCUCGCAACGCUCCGGAAUCAGCGCUGGGGACGUAUCGCCAAACCAUCAGUCAUGUGGCCUUCUCCAGCGACAGCCGCGUUCUCGCGGUCUCGGACCUCUCGGGUGCUAUCGACACGUGGCUUCUCGAAGGGCAUGAAGACCUGGACUUCAUCGAGACGGUAGAGCUCGAUAACGACCAUUCCUCUGACUCUUCUUCCAGUUCGUCAGACGACGAAGAUGAAGACGAGUCCCCUGUGAUCCACGCGCAAAAGUGGAUUCGAAAUCCCUCGGGUUCUCGUCUUCCUCGACUCGACUCUUCCAUUCUCGCAUUGACAUUCCGGCCGUCACCAAAAAUUUCACUGUCGAACCCCGCCGACGGCAAUCGCGGCCUGCACGCUACGCGUCACACUGCUCAACCGGUUGCUCACGAACUACCUUCCUCGGACGAAAAGCUCAUCGCCGUCACUGCGACCCACCAACUCGUUGAAUUUGACGUUUUGAACUGCAGACUGAGCGACUGGUCAAGACGCAACCCCUCGAAAUAUCUGCCACACGCAUUCACCCGGCUCAAAGACCGCGUUGUAGGCUGUUUCUGGGACUGCACUGACCGGACCACACGCGGUGAGCGGCUCUGGCUGUACGGCUUGAACUGGCUGUUCAUGCUCGAUGUGUCGCAAGACCUUCAAUAUCAGGCAACGAAAGUGGAGAAGGUCGGCACACUGGGCCGGUACGAUGUGCUAGACCCCGUAUCUCCUGCUGACGGCAAGCAAGGGCCCAAGGCUGCGCUCGAAAGGUCCAACGGUCAAACUCAAGAUCAUGGAGGUCAGACCAAGAAGAAGCGUAAACGCAAUACAGGCGCAGGCGACGCAAUACCCGUGCACGAACGGGGCACCGGCCUGGGUAGUGCGAUGCUUAAGUACAAGACGGAUCUCGGUGACGCGGACGUGAUUGAAAUGGACUUUGACGUCGAUAUGGAUCAGAACACGGAUGCGGAGGUGGACGAUGAGGACGGAGAUGACAUGCUUGCACUCAUGAGACGUGGCGAAGAUCAGGACCAAAACCAGGAUGCGAAGGCCUUCUCCUCCAUGGAAGGACAACAGUCACUGACGAACACGCACAGCUCUCGACCACUGCACUGGAGUACAUUUGCCUACCGUGGGAUUCUGGGGAUUGGCGUGAUUGGACCUGCACCGCCAGCAGCAGACGAGUCAACCGAGAGUGGAGAGAAGAACCAGAAUCUUGAAGUCGUCAUUGUGGAGCGGGACAUUUAUGAACUUGUCCAGAAGGCUCCAUAUGGCAGAAUCGACGCUGGACAGGAUUGGGAGACUUGAGUCUUGAGCUUUGAGCUUAUGAGCAUGAAGCCGGGAAAUGGAACUGGAACGGGAGCUGAGCGUCCUGUCACUGCAACCGGCAGAGAGAGCCCACUCAGUCAAGUCCACUAGUUAGGACAUCCUGGUCUUUCAGAGCCGGAACCAAUCUACCAAGUACUUAGGUGGGUACCUACGGUAGUUACGUACCUAGAUGGGCGCAGGCUCGUGAAAAAGGGUUUGGUCGAUUUCGGUCGAUUUGGUUCAAGACACGAUCACCGCCGAGCUCUUGAUACGCCACAUCGUGGCCACAUGUUGAGCCCGUUUCAUGAAAAAAAAAAAAGUUACCAGGUAAUGGUCUUUCCUGGUCUUGCAGAGGGAUAUUCGAAUCCCCGGCCAGCGAUGGCAUCCCAUUGAGGCGAAGCGACACGGUCAUUUCUGUGUCUAUGGAACAUGUUGAGAAUUUUUAAGGCGCCGCGAGCAACAUCACGUCUGAACUCGAUCCCCAGCGAGGCGGAUUGGAUUGGAUUGGAUUGGAUUGAAUUGGAUUCCUUAUACUCCGUACGCAAGAAGAAAAGAAGCAAACGUCGUGCGAGAAC